ACACUACCAGUUUCAACCGCAACUGCAGAAAGAUCAUUUUCUUCAAUGAAAAGAAUCAAAUCUUAUUUAAGGAACUCAACAAGUGGAAAAAGAUUAAAUGGGCUCGCUCUACUGAGCAUUCACAAAGAAAUCACGGUUAACCCUCAAGAAGUUAUGGACAAAUUUUCAAAAAGUGGCCGUCGUUGCAAUAUUGUAUUGUGA